AUGAUGGAAUUUGUUCCAGGACCGGCGGUGCACCGUGUAUUGUGCGCAGAUUGCGGCACACCCAUCGUACCGAAUUCUGCCAAUCUAUGCGUCGCUUGCUUGCGGAAUACGAUCGACAUCACAGAAGGGAUUCCGAAGCAAGCAUCCGUUGCCUUCUGCCGAAACUGCGAACGAUUCCUCUCGCCACCACAGAGCUGGACUAUCGCGCGUCCUGAAUCGUCCGAACUCCUCGCCAUCUGCUUGAAGAAGCUGAAGGGUCUGAACAAAGUCCGGUUGACGGAUGCACAUUUCAUCUGGACGGAACCUCAUUCAAAACGGCUGCGGGUGUCAAUCACGAUACAAAAAGAGGUUCUGACGAACACGAUCCUCGAGCAAACCUUUGAGAUUGAGUAUCUCGUUCAGUACGGCCAAUGCCCCGAUUGUGCCAAGCUCGCGGCGAAGAACACAUGGAAGGCGCUGGUGCAAGUGCGGCAGAAGGUUCCACAUAAGCGGACAUUCCUGUAUCUGGAACAACUUAUCCUCAAGCACAAUGCGCAAAAAGACACGAUCUCGAUAAAGGAAGUGCGCGAUGGGCUAGAUUUCUUCUACAGCUCGAGGAGUCAUGCGUUGAAGAUGGUGGAAUUUUUAUCCAGUGUCGCGCCUGUCAAAUCAAAAUCGUCUGAACAGCUGCUAUCCACUGAUACGCACACGAAUACGGCCAACUUCAAGUACACCUACUCAGUCGAAAUCGUACCCAUAUGCAAGGAUGAUCUCGUCUGCAUUCCCCUCAAACAAGCACGAACGCUAAGCAACAUCAACCCGCUCACCAUUUGCGUACGCGUUGGCAACUCCGUGCAACUCCUCGACCCACAAACACUCCAAUCCUGUGAUAUCCAAUCGCAAAUCUACUGGCGGUCACCCUUUGAAGCCCUCGCAUCCGUGACCGACCUCGUCGAAUUCACCGUACUCGACAUCGACCCCGACCAUUCUCGGCGAAAGGGCAAAUUCGCGAUGGCCGAUGCGCAAGUUGCUCUAGCCGGCGCGUUCCACUCAAAGACCAAAGCAUCCGUUGAUGAGGAUGUAAUGGACUUCGACUCCGUCGGCGAUACAAAUCAGAUCUACCACACACGGACGCACCUCGGCGCGAUCCUGCAGCCGGGCGACACCGUCCUCGGCUAUUUCCUCACCAACGCCAACUUUAACUCGGACGAGUUCACCAACCUGCCCCAGGACCGCAUCCCGGACAUCAUCCUCGUGAAGAAAACGUACCCGAAUCGACGCAAGAAGAGCAAGGCGCGCAACUGGCGCUUGCGGUCGAUCGCGAAGGAGGCUGGGGAGGAAGGCGAGACGAGCGGUGCUAGGGGUGCAAUUGGACGAAUGGGAGGCAGGGACCAGAAGAAGGUCGAGGAGGACUAUGAGAUCUUCUUGCGCGAUCUGGAGGAGGAUCCGGAGUUGCGUGCUGGCGUCAACUUGUUCAAGGCUCCGGAGAUCAAGAUGGCGGCGCCCGAGCCCUCGAAGGAAAAGAAGGGGAGAGGGAAGAGGGCACAGUUCUCAAUGGAUGUGGACGAGGAAGUGCUGGUCGAGCGUAUCCCUGCCGCUGCUGUUUUGGACGAUGACGCGGAGGAGGAGGCUGACUUCCCUGAAAUUCAACUUGACGAGCUCCUGGAGGGCUUUGACGAGAUGACCCUUGGCCCAGCAGAUGGAGAGGAGACUGUGCAGUAA